UUGCAGUAAACACAACAAAAAAAAGAAAAGGGAAUGCAAUGGAUAUUAACUGUCCAGUGUGUCAGCAGUGCAUUAUUUUUGUAUUAUUAUUAUCAAUUAUUAUAACAUAUAAAUCAUUUACAAGUUUUUAAAUACCGUGAUAAUUGUUGUAAUUUACUUAAGAAAUUAUUAAUGUUAAUUUUUUCCAAGUUUUCAUGUCUAUUGAAGGUGAAUUUUUUAUUACUGUAACCGGUGCCAUAGAGUUUGCCGAGUUUUAUGAUGCUGAUAAUUUAUUCUGCAAGUAUGAAUAUCACUAUGGUCCAGAAUGGAGUGUCGUUGGUGGUGUCGAGGAGGGUUUAACUCAGAUGAGUAAAUGCAGUAAUGAUGCUCGACAUUUAGCGGUUUGGAACUUCCCUUUGAAUAUUGCUUUCAAAAGCACAAAUCCACAUGGAUGGCCACAGUUAAUUUUAUCAAUGUACGGAUUGGAUCUUUUUGGACAUGAUGUAACUAGGGGAUAUGGAGUCUGUCAUGUACCGUUAACUGCAGGUCGACACGAUAAAAAGGUGCCAAUUUAUGUUGUCGAAUCAUCUUCAGUUGCUCAGCAAUUUUUGGCUUGGUUAACCGGAAGAAGACCCGAAUUGAUUGAUCCUUCGAUACUGGCUGGUGGUGAUGGUCGUGAACUGACACGAAUGAAAGUUCAAGGAUCAGUUGCUGUUUCGUUUAACGUCAUGUUAAAAGACUUUUUCAAAUUGGGUUACGAUAAUGGUGAAAAGCGAACUAGGAAUUUAGUUUCAAUACAAAAGGGGAGCAUAUAUAUGUUAAUAAAUUUUACACUCUAGUAAGUUAGAAACUCAAUUUUCGCAUAUUGUAAACUCUAUGAAAUCAAUCUUCAAAUUCAUUUAAAACUCUCGAUUCAUGUACAAUCUAUUAUGAAUUUUCUAUAUAAUAUUCAAGUUGAAUAGCUCCUCGAAAAAGACAUAUAUUUAUAAAAGAUUUUGACAAAAAAAAUAUUUUAUUAAAAGAAAAUUGCUUUCCGUUAUUGAGUUUAUGAUUUGCUUCUGCCAUCGUCUCUUUGUAAUUUUAUUGGAAGCAAAUAUUGGAAAUACAAUAAAGUAAUAACGGGAACAAUUCUAUUGCAAAUAUUUAUCAAAAAUAAAUUUCAACGAGAAAUUGUUGACAAAAAAAAAAAAUAUUCG